AAUUCUGGGCGGAUGUGUACAUCCGCCUUAAAUUUUCGGAUCUACCUUGGUGGAUCCGUAAAUUUUAAGCGGAUCCACCAAGGUGGUUCCGGAUAUUUUAGGCGGAUGUUUUCAUUUCAAAAAAAAAAAAAAAGUAUGAGGACUUACAGAAUCCUCUGACGAUGCCUCCGGUGUACGAUCGUUGUCGUCAUCCAUCGUCCUAAACCCGUCGCUAAAGCUUAAUAAAAAAUUUUAAAAAAAAAAAAUCGGAUUUUUGGUGGUGGAUCGAAUGUGGUGGGGUCGGAUGUGGUGGGCUCGGGAAUUUUUUUAACCACGUGGUACUAAGUGGAGGGGUCGGAAUAAUAUUAAAAUGCCCAUAUGUCUCAUAAUGGAUCAUUAUAUAGUCCAACUUACACAAAGGGCAAUAUCGUCCUUCCAUGACAAAAUGGGAUCGAUGCCUUGUAAAAUGGGAGCAUUAUUUAGCAGUUCACCAUUUUAUAUUAUAGAAAUCAUAUUUUUCGUUCCAACUAUCUAUUCAUUAUUCUCCAUUCAAAGCAUCCGAUCGAUCAAUAUAAACCCAAAUAAAACAAGAUAUGGGUAUAACUAAAAAACCCAAAUCUUUCAACUACUUUUUAAAUAUCAUGAAAUUCCUCUUCAUUUCUUGUAUGUUCUUCACUUUUUCCAAAUCUGAAGUUAUCACAGUAGGUGGUGAGAACCGUUGGACUGAUGGUUUUAGCUAUGUUUCAUGGGCAGAAAAACUCAAUUUCACUGUUGGUGAUGUUCUUGUGUUUAGUUACACAAAGGGAUCACAUAAUGUACUAGAUGUAACAAGGGCAGCAUAUCAAUCCUGUGAUAAUAGCAGUGGAGUGAAUGCCAAAUAUGAGACCGGUGAUGAUCAUAUCGAACUCAAUGAGGCCAAGCCGUAUUGGUUUAUAUGCACCGUGGACUCGCAUUGUCGACUAGGGAUGAGAUUUGGGAUAAAUGUAUCAGCACCUGUCACAACUUUUGUUAACCAAACAGGGGACUCUUCAGCUAGAAAUCACAUAAAUGCAGGGCGUUACCUUCUUCUUGUUGGAAUUUUGUCCAUGUUAAUCUUCAUUGUAUGAUAAAUUUUUUAUUUAAUUUGUAUGAUUUUUUUGCACUAGAUAAAGGGUGAUAACAACAAUGUGCAGAUUGAAUUUGGUGGGUUUUUUCUUGAAGAAAAUCUUGUAAUGAUGUUUGACUUUUUGCUUAAAUUUUAAGAGAUUGACUUAGUU